AUGUGGUUGUCGUCGUGGUCGUGGUCGUCGUCUUCUUGGUCGUGGUCGUGGUCGUGGUGUUGGUCGGCGGCGUCGUGGUCGUCGUGUUUGUCGUGCUCGUCGUCGUUAUCGUCGUCGUCGUCGCUGUCGCUGGCGCCUCGGCCCGAGCGGCUCUCCAGAGGGAUUCCCGCGGGGGGCCCGCCCCGCGGCUGGCCCGAGUCCCGCUGGCCAAUGCUGGCGUGCGAGCAGGACGAGGCGUUCAGCGCAUAUUUCUGCGUCGUGCUGUUCGAUUCCAUCGGGUACGAGCUCCAUCCUCAGGAUCUGCAGGAAUCGGCUGGCCCAGUAGGAACGGGCAUUUACUGCACGCUGGACCUCAACAGGGCGCUGGCGACGCAGAAGGAGGUGCUGGUGGCCGAGUUCAGGCCCACACCUUCAGAGUCCCUGAGGUCCGGCUCCACCGAGCUGCUCAUCGCCGCGGCCGCUGAGGACGGCAGCGCCGGGAGCGGCUCGCGGUGGCGGCAGCGGGGCUACAGCGGGGUGCUGUACGGCGCCACGGAGCUGUGCAUCCGGGCGGAGUGCAUACGGGCGCUGUACCGUCGGGACUGGCAGAGGCCAGGGGCCGCGUGGGCGGACCUGGACCGGCUACUGGUCCGGAUGAGGGACCCGCCUUUCCUGGUCGACCCAGAGGUGUCUCAGCCGGAGCUGGCCUGGGCCAAGGCGCUGGAGCGGCUGAGGCUCUACGGCGACCAGAGGGUGAAGGACACGCGCGAGCGCCUGGAGAAUCUGUGGCUGGACACCGCGCAGCAGGCAGAGUCGCAGCACUUCUGCGUCGCACAGUGA